AUGCAUCUGCAUUAUGCAAGCAUACGCAGUCUGCAAGCAUAUGCAAUCUGCAAGCAUAUGCCAUAUGCGAUCUGCAAGCAUAUGCCAUAUGCGAUCUGCAAGCAUCAUAUGCCAUUAUGCGAUCUGCAAGCAUAUGCCAUAUGCGAUCUGCAAGCAUAUGCGAUCUGCAAGCAUAUGCGAUCUGCAAGCAUAUGCGAUCUGCAAGCCUAUGCCCUUAUGCGACCUGCAAGCAUAUGCGAUCUGCAAGCAUAUGCGAUCUGCAAGCAUAUGCCAUUAUGCGAUCUGCAAGCAUAUGCAAUUUGCAAGCAUAUGCCAUAUGCAAGCGUAUGCCAUAUGCAAGCAUAUGCGAUCUGCAAGCCUAUGCCCUUAUGCGACCUGCAAGCAUAUGCGAUCUGCAAGCAUAUGCGAUCUGCAAGCAUAUGCCAUUAUGCGAUCUGCAAGCAUAUGCAAUUUGCAAGCAUAUGCCAUAUGCAAGCGUAUGCCAUAUGCAAGCAUAUACCAUAUGCAAGUAUAUGCGAUGUGCAAGCAUAUGCCAUAUGCGACCUGCAAGCAUCUGCGAUCUGCAAGCAUAUGCCAUUAUGUGAUCUGCGAGCAUAUGCGAUCUGCAAGCAUAUACGAUCUGCAAGCAUACGCAAUCUGCAAACAUAUGCGAUCUGCAAGCAUAUGCAAUGUGCAAGCAUAUGCGCUCUGCAAGCAUAUGUGAUCUGCAAGCGUAUGCGAUGUGCAAGCAUAUGUGAUGUGCAAGCAUAUGCGCUCUGCAAGCAUAUGGGAUGUGCAAGCGUAUGCGAUCUGCAAGCAUAUGUGAUCUGCAAGCAUAUGCGACCUGCAAGCAUAUGCGAUGUGCAAGCAUAUGCGCUCUGCAAGCAUAUGUGA